GCGCUACUGAGGAAUCGAACCCAGGGCCUCAUGCAUGCUAGGUCUGGAUUUCCUGGUUUCCUCGUCCAGAUUCCUGCUCACCAGCCAUGGGGCGGAAGCUGGACCUGUCGGCGCUGACUGAUGACGAAACGGAGCAUGUUCUCCAGGUGGUGCAGAGAGACUUCAACCUGCGGAAGAAGGAGGAGGAGCGGCUGAGCGAGAUGAAGCGGAGGCUGGCGGAGGAAGGCAGCAGGUGCAGCAUCCUGGCGAAGCACCCGCAGUUCGUGGCGCAGUGCUGCAUGCGCUGCUGCACGCCCUUCACCUUCCUGCUCAACCCGCGGCGGCGCUGCGGGGACUGCAAGUUCAACGUGUGCCGCGCCUGCAGCUUCUACCACAAGCGCGACAGGGCGUGGCUGUGUGGCGUGUGCCAACAGGCCCGGCUUCUGCGGGCGCAGUCUCUCGAGUGGUUCUACAACAACGUCAAGAGUCGGUUCAAGCGCUUCGGCAGCGCCAAGGUGCUGAAAAACCUCUAUCGGAAGCACCGGCUGGAGACCGGCCCCUGUGCUGACCUUCUAGGAGGAAGCUUUAUUGAGUCCAGCCUGGAGAAUGAAGGGAGUCUUUCUGGCAGUGACUCAACUUUCUACCCGCAGUCGGAAGGACCCGGCCUGAUGGACACCCUGGCUGUGGCCUUGCGCGUGGCCGGAGAGGCCGUGGAGGAGGCCAUCUGCAGGGCGGACGCGCACGGGGACAGCCUGGAGCAGCAGGACGAGGCGCGCUACCUGCGGGAGCACCGCGACGAGCUGACGGAGGAGCUGGCCGGCGCCAUCGUGCACAAGAUCAUCCGGAGGCAGAGGAGCCGCAGCCCCGAGGCCUCCCGGCCCGCGCGCCCCCGCCAGGCGCCCGCCGCCGCCGCGCUCGGGCGAUCCCGGUCCGAGCUGGCGCUGGCCGGGGCCGGGGAGGCCGCCCUGCGGGCCGGGCCCGGAUGGAGGAGCGUGGACGGGCUGCCCGGAGCAGGCCGGGCGGCCCCCGCCCUGCACAGCCCCGACGGGAACUGGGCGGCAGUAGCGGGGGGCACACUGCCCCCCACGCGCGGGCUGGCCGCGCCCCGGGCCGGCGCCCUGCGGGCCCUGGCGGCCGCCUGCAGCGCGCCCUCCGCCUACGACGGCGUGGCCUCCGACAGCGAGGAUGACCCGGACUGGAGCCACACCCCGAGCAAGCUGCACCCCACCUCCCCGUCCCGGGGCCGCCCCCCGCACCCCGGGGCCACGGGCUCCGACUCCGAGACCUCCUCGGCCGGCUCAUCCCGGGAGGCGGGGCGCCGGGCCAGGCUGUCGUGGCUGCAGAGGAGGGCACCCCAAAACCCUGCCACCGACACAGCGCGCCCCUGGGGAGGGCUGGAUGAGAACUCGAACCCGCAGGCCCCGCGCGGGGAGACCUCGGACAGCAGCGAGCAAGAGGACGCGCUGCGCCCCGCCGACCGCAGGGCCAAGCGCUGGAGGAGGGCCUGGGGCCCCAGCGCCCAGGAGCCCGACGGAGCCGCAGCCCGGGAUCCGCACGCACACGCGGCGUCUGGUGACUUUGCAGAGACCAAUUGUCCACAUGUCCUGGCCAAGGAGCGGAGGAGCAGCGGACGCCCUGAGCUGGGCGGGAAAAUGAGCGAGGAGGAGGAGGAGGAGACGUCGUCGGGGGAGGAGCCGGGGUGUGGGCCCCAGGGGGAAUCGGGGAGCCGGGGGGAAGGCGCGGCGAGCGACAGCAAUGGAGGUACCCGGCAUGCACCCCAUGAGCUGAAGAAGAAUGGCAGAGCCGAGAGCGGGGUGAGCUCCGAGCUGCAGCUCCUGUCGGCGGUGCUGGAGCAGAAGUGUUCUGCUGUUUCUCUCUGCAACAUCUCCACAGAAGUGCUCAAGCUCAUCAACGCCGCCGAGGCGCUCCUGGACGAGCCCACGGGCCCCACGCCGCGCCCCCCCGACACGGCGCAGGGAGCUCUGCCCCGCGGGGCCGACUGUGACAGCCUGGACCGACAGCUCACCGCCCUGGAAGGAAAUGUGUACCUAGCCGCGGGGACUGUGUACAGCCUGGAGGGCCAGCUGAGCGAGCUGGAGGACGCGGCCCGGGGCAUCCACAGCCACACCAACGAGGCGGAGCUGGCGGAGCUGGAGGACCAGGCGGCCACGGCCGCUGCGCGCGUGCACCACGCCGAGCUGCAGAUCUCGGACAUCGAGAGCCGCAUUUCUGCGCUCACCAUCGCGGGCCUGAACAUCGCGCCGUGCGGACGCCUCACCAGAAAACGCGAGCAGAAGCAGAGCAACCCGGUCCAAACUAUAGACACGUCCAGACAGCUAAGACGGAAAUUGCCUGCUCCUCCUUUGAAAGCUGAAAAACUAGAAGCAUCGUCCAUGACUGACAUUAAAACAUUUAACCGCAAUUUUGUUCUCCAAGGCUGUUGCCCGUCAAACAGGCCUGCAGAGAGAAAAAUCACCACCCAGGACUCGGGGGAGCCUGCCGUGGAGUCGGCUGCCACACAGUGACCCGGGGAGCCUGCCAGUAGUACUGCGUGGGCCGCACACGCCAGUGCCUUCCCUCCACGCCCGCCCGCGCCCGGGCCGUCAGCCCACGCACACGCCAGGAAAGCCAUCUCCAGCCUCGGGCCCUGGGCCGCCUCCACCCUCCGUCUCUGCCUCCGGAGCCCAGGAGAGAGCAGCCUGCGCCCAGCACCGGCUUCACCGGCAGAGCCGCACGCCCAAGCGCUCAUCUCUUGUCUCAGGCCUUGCUACUGUGGGUCGUCUGUAAGAUCGUUUUUGUUUUUUUUUUAAGUAUUCUUACUGUGAUUGCUGUUGUUGCCUUGUAACCAGUUGACUGCACUGGAAAGUUCUGGCGAAGGGCAGGUAGAGUGAGGAAGAGGGAACUUCCUCAGGUCAUCACCAGUGCUGUGUGUAUGUUUCUAUCAAACCACUCAAGUAUUUUUGUCUUUCCGGGCGCCGGUGGCUCCCGCCUGUCAUCCCAGCGACUCAGGAGCCUGAGAUCGGGAGGAUCGUGGUUCAGAGCCAGCCCGGGCAGGAAAGUCGAGGAGCGAUCCUUCCAUCUCCAGUGACCCAGCAGAAAACACAGCCCGAAGAGAAGGUGUGACUCAAGUGGCGAGCGCCAGCGCUGAGCCGGGGAAUCAACGCCAAGUCAGAGCGCAGGGCCUCGGUGCACGCCGCCGGCACGCGAGAGCGACACGGGACAGAGGGACCGACCCCGUCCACGCAAGCCGCGCACGACGCGACACGGGCUGCGCGCGCACCGGGGUUUUUCUCUUUGCCGGUCGUGGGGCUUGAACUCGGGGCCUGGGCGCUGCCCCUCAGCCCCUCAGCUCCAGGCUGGCGCUCCACCACUUGGGCCACAGCGCCCCUUCCGGCCGCUUCUGUGCAGGUGGCACUGAGGACUCGAACCCAGGGCUCCGUGCAUGCGAGGCGAGCGCUGUGCCACCGAGCCCCUGCCCAGCUGGCCAGUCAUUUUCCUACAACUAAGGCCAGAGGUGGGUUGUUUUCUGUUUUGUUUGUUUUUUUAACUUGCCAAAGCCACGCCUCCUCUUAGGUGUGAACCCGGGAUUCGAACCCGGGUCCUGCGGCUCGCUGGCUCGCGGCUGGCUGGCGCCCGGCCCGCUGAGCCACGCCCCUGCCAGUCCCUGCAGCGGGGUGGGGUCUGCUUGAACGUCUGUGUUCAUUGGCUGCCUCGGGCAGUCCCCGGCCUCCUCAUUGGCUACCGCCGGAGGGGGCGGGCCUUCCUCGCUGAAGUCCCCGGAUGUGCGCGGUCCCCUGGAUAAAGAUGCGUGGCGCGACCUCGCGGAAAUAAAGCAGACACGCCCGC